UCAGGCUCAUCUCAUCUGUUGUGGCAUGUGAAUCCGCGUGGAGAAAGGCUAUCCACUUAAGUAGCUGAGUUGAGCUCAGCUCAGCUCCCAUGGCCGCCGCCGCCGCCGCCGCCAUUGCCUUCUCCCACGGCCGGAGGAGUCCCCCGCGGGCGCGAGCCGCCUCCCCACGCGCUGCGCUCUCCUUCCACCGCGGCGGCCUCCCGGCUGUUCCCAGAAGGAAUGUGCUGUCCAUGAUGAUAUCCACUUCAACAGUCCUACUUUUCGGGCCAAAACAGAUCACCUUAGCUGAGACAACCGGCGGUGCAUUCAGGGAGUACAUCGACACAUUUGAUGGCUACACCUUCCUGUACCCGAAAAGUUGGAUCCAGGUCCGAGGAGCUGGCGCGGACAUAUUCUUCAGAGAUCCCUUCGUCCUCGAUGAGAACCUAUCAGUCGAAAUAUCAUCCCCUUCAUCAUCAAAGUACGAGACCGUUGAGGAUCUAGGCCCUCCUGAGAAGGCUGCAGAGAAGGUUCUGAAGCAGUACCUGACAGAGUUCAUGUCGACCAGGCUGGGCGUUCGACGCGAAUCAAAUGUCUUGUCAGCAUCGUCAAAUGUUGCUGACGAUGGCAGGCUCUACUACGAAGUUGAGGUAACUCGAAUAGGUGAACAUAAAAUCCUACGCAAGCAACAACGAGCUUGCAGUGAUGCCUCGGGACAGGGUGCAGAGGCUGGAGUGGGACCGGCGAUACCUGUCGGUCCUCGGCGUCGAGAACAAGCGACUCUACGAGCUACGGUUGCAGACGCCGGAACAGGUGUUCAUGGAGGAAGAGGAGGACCUGAGAAGAGUCAUGGACUCCUUCAGGGUCAUCAAGACGGAGUAGUAAGAUGCAAAUGCGGAGACAGCAGCUGCAGCAAUGCUUUGUGGGGUGUAGAGCACAAAAUUUUUGUAUAGCUAAUGUCUGUCUACUCUAUGUUACAAAUCCUUAAUCUGUUCUCAUGUCCAAGUGUCAAUAAAAUAGAACAUGCAAUUUUCAAAUGA